AUGGCCAGCGCCAUAUUCCCUCUCGGAAUGGAUGAUGACUACUUUGGCAAGGUCGACGACGAGUGUCCGGAAUGUGAUGCUGCUUGCAAGACAUGGCCGUGGCUCUUCUUUGUUGGCUUUACCAUCAUCUUCAGCGCGAUCUUCAGCAAGCUUCUGCGGCUCAACAAGUUCAUAGCACAAUCACUGAAAGCGGGAAAGGCAACACGGCAAGCAAAGAACAUCAAGGUGGAGACCAAAGACGUCAUUCUUCCAUUUGCAGCCCUCCUCUCCUUGAAUGUGGUUCUGUUGACAAUUUGGACGGUAGUCGACCCACUUGUGUGGCAGAGAGUUCCAACCGGCGAGUUCAGCUCAUACGGAACGUGCAAGCCAGAACAUGGAACUCCUGCUAUCGUUCUCGGUUUGUUUCUUGGAGCCGUCAACCUGGGGGCCUUGCUCUUGGCAGAGAUUGAAGCCUACAAAGCCAGGAACAUCAGUGAUCACCUGAGUGAAAGCAAGUACAUUGGCCUGGCCACUGUGAGCAUGUUCCAAAUGUUUGCGAUUGGGAUUCCUGUCAUCUUCCUUGUACAAGACAAGCCAGAAGCGCAGUUCUUCGUCUAUUCAGGUAUCAUUUUUGUCAUUUGCAUGGCAAUCCUUUCACUAAUCUUCCUUCCAAAGGUGCACUUUGACCGCCACCCUCCUCCAAAGGCCACUAUCAAGGGAUCCAAAGAUUUUGGACUGAAUCUCAAGCUACCCAAGUAUGGCAGCAGUCAAGUGUCUAGCUUUGAAGACGACUGUGACUCAAACAGCUCUGAUGACGAAGACGAGAACACACUGGAACUGAUUCGUCUUCGGCGUGCCGUAGAAGAGUACAGAUUCAAAUUCUAUUCCUUGAAGAGAGAGGUGGAAAGCAAAAAGUACAUGGAGGUGGAACCCUUCCUGGCAAGUCUGGAAAACAAGACUGUGGUGAAACAAGGGGUGGCGCCAAUGGAGCAACCUUCAUCCUGCUCGGCCGAAAAACCCAAGUUCUGGACGGACAGUGGCUUUGAUCUCUUUACACAGUACAUCCCACCGGAAGAGCAAGUAGUAUCACAAGAAGAAGCGCCUCAACCUGAGGAAGCAGACAGUGACAACCGGAAGAACAACGAAACUGAAGAGGGACCCCCGCAACGUUCCGCGCAUUACGGUGGCUGGGGUAAGAGUGACUUUGAAGUUUUCUCAGAGUUCGAGCAGCAGCAACGGGACGAGGAAGAUGCGACUUCAGAGGACCCAGAAAAGGGAAAAGUUUCAUGUGUUGGUGUCAGCGAAGAGGGGCAGGCUGAUGAUGAAGCCUCUAUAGCUAGCUAG